AGCUUCGUUGAGCAGUUUUAAGAAGAAUGUUGUACAUAAUUGACACUAGCUCAAAUCAGCGCAUAUAGAAAAGUAAAUACCUCACAGAAGUUUUACCUGGGACUAUAAUAUUUAAUUAGAAAUGAUACUAUGUGACAAUUUGUAAUAUAAAAUCAGUAAAACUUCAUCCUUUCAGAACCUUAAACAUUUACUUGUGUCAUAUGUUUUUUUCUCAGAAAGGCUAAGUUACCUUGAACCAAAAAGUGUUUCGGUCAAUGCACAUUCAUGGUCUCGGUGGCCUAUAAUAAGGCCAGGUUCUUCAUGAUUGGGCAUGUAUUGAUAUUGGUCUAUAUUUAGACAUUAUGAAAUAUACUGCCCUUCCAUGGUCUGCAAACUUUAGUUACAUUGUUGCACUUAGUGUAGCAUGAAACAUGCGCAAAAUUACAUGCGCACAAGAUUGAAGCCGCGCAACAGCAUUUGAUAGAGACCAGUCUGACGCUGUUAAGGUCUGGAGUUGUUAUGGAAACAAAGCCUGCACAGCAUCUUGUCGAGGAGGAAUAUUUUAUCAGCGUUCCUUUGGUGAGACCAAGUACAGAGCUGCUGGCGGUAUUGAAGUCGGCCGGAGCUACUGGUAGUGUGUUCACAAAGAAGGAGAUAAUUCAUCAUCUGAAGAACUACAUAAGAGCUCGACAGCUGUUUGACGUGCUUGACCCUCGCAUUGUUCACUGCGCCAAUGACCCGCUGUUUCACGUGUUUGGGGUGGACAUGUUCACAGUGGAUGAUGUAUUAGUUCUAAUCGAGGCAACAUGUUCACCAGUACCUGACCACUGCCUGAAAAGGAAGCGAAGGCUGGUUGCCAAGCCUGUGACCCAGCAGAUGGUAACAGAGGGACCAGUGUCUGUAUCAGUCUCGCUGACAUGUACCCCACCCACCACCCAACCAACGGAGGCUUCAUCAGCCCCUGUGCCCAGGGACAUGGACAGUUCCGUUAUAACAAGCACUUCAACCGAACAGACAUCAGAAACCACGAGUAGCUUGAAUGAUCUGGCUGAGCAGACAGUCGCAGAAGAGCAGCCUCUACUGCAGAAGAAGUGUAAGAAGAGGAAGAAAAAGAGUGAAAAGAAGACAAAUGUCAACAAUAGAAAACGCCAUCAAACUGAGCCAUGCUCCCACGAAGCCGGCAAAUCCUCAGAUUUGGGCCAAUCGUCACGGCGACGAGGAACAUCGCUUAGUAUUUCGGUUGAGGAUGAUCCCAGCAGUGGGGAGAGGGAAGAGUUGCCAUGGUUGUUCAAGGUUGAGGUUGAAGAUGAGGAUGGGAACCAGAGCGAGAUUCUCAGUGUGCAGGAUGGGUUGACAGUGCACAUCCCAUCUGACACUGAGUUCUCCGUAGAAUAUGACGUGAACUCAGAUCAUACGAUGCCGCUGUCAGAGUCGGACCUGGCUUCCGUGGGGUCUGGAGAGGGCUGCUUUCUGGUGGUGUGCCAGGAGAGUGACGUGGAGUUCUUUGCAGACGACAGUGAUAUGGAGAGUGUGGACGGAGACAGGGAGCUCUCAGAACAGGAUAACUGGUCCUGUCCAGACUGCAACAACGUCAACUACCCACUGCAGCGUUACUGCGGCAAGUGCUGGAAAAUACGAACUGAUUGGUUACCUAGGCAACCAGGUCCCUACGACCUUGACCAAGGUCGAGAUGCCAAAUACUGCCUGGAACUGAAGCUGCAAUGUGUGUCUGACUCUGGGAUUGGGACCCAGAAUUCCAGUCAGGAAUCUGUAAAAUCUGAUGUACCUGUGCUGGAAGAUAAACAAUCUCGUGAAAUUCAGAGCGUAGCAAAAUCAUUAACGCUUCCCACUGCUGCGUCCAUUUACCAGACUCUGAUGCCUGUAGACAAGGAAUCCCAGGCCAUGGAAACACGCUAUUCAUUUCUGAACACCAGUCACAAAAUGGUGUCAGCGUCUUUGUUAGAAACAUCAUCCGGCAAUUCAUCCAAUGGUGCCAUUGAAACAAAAUCAGCCUCAGACCCUGAUGAUCGUCGGAAACCGGCAUCUAAACAGUCCGGUAGUGGCAUAGAUGAGCCCUGUAUGAUUUGUCUUACAAGACCGAAGACCGCAAGUCUGAUACACGGAAGUUCGGGUCACCAGGUCUGCUGUUUCCAGUGCGCCAAACGUUUGAAACGACGUGGCAAGGUGUGCCCAGUGUGUAGGAGGCCCAUACAGAAAGUGAUAAAAAAUUACAUUGUUUGAGUCUUGUUAUGGGAAAGCGGGGCUUAAUGCAUGUGCGUGAAAUGUCUUAGCAGAUGAGCCUGUGCAGUCCGCACAUGCAUUAAAAAGGAUGACACUUUCAGCUGUUAUGGUAUUUUCGCUUAAAGGAAGUCUCUUCUUAGCUAAAAUCCAGUACGUAUAUGUAGAGAGUGACGUCCUUUGUAAGCCUGUGUGGACUGCAAAACAAAUCUUGAAUGAAACUUUUCCCACAAGUCCACUUUUUCCAGAACAAGGCUCAUUUGAUGUCAUCACAUCAGUGUGCCAAUAAAAAAAUAUUCUUCCAUUGUGUCUAUGCAUUCAUGUUUUUAUGCCCACCUUCGAAGAAGAGGGGGUACACUGCAACUCCAAUAUAUCGCGGUUGAAGGGGUCCAAAGAUCGCGACCGUGAUAUAUCCGGCGCGCGAUAUAAAUUGUCAGUUUAUGUAUGCAUGUAUAUGUAUACAUUAGCAUCAUUAUGCAAUCUCAAAACACGCUAUUUACCAACCUUAUUCAAGUUUGUGUUAUAUCCAUAUGUCAUUAAUUGGUAUAACACAAAACAUUAUUCCAUGUGAGUAGUAUAAAAUGCGUAUUAUUAAAUUUUUAAUCCGAAAAACAUUGCCGAGUUUUAUUGUUCAAGAAAGCAUGCACAAAUUAGACCCCAUGUACAAAAUGACGUCAUUCAUUUCUCAUGAAAAGCAUGCACAGCAUGGGGUUUAAUAGUAGAGCAUUGUGACUAACUGAUCUAUAUUGUAUACUGUAUCUAACGCACACAGAUUGUUGAGAUAGGUCAGUAUUGACUUGUGACAUUUACUGUUAUAAUUGUGUACACCUUCAUGUGUGCACUGGUGCGUUUCGGCAGUUCAAAGCAAAUUCAAUAGAGAAUUGUAACACCCGAAAUGACCUGUCAUGUUUGACAAAUGGGUCUUUUGUUUAUGGCAGUACACAGGUGUUAAUGUGAUGUACAAUGUAAGCAAACAAUCUGGUCAAAACUGGAUUAUGACUGUUGGAUUAAAGUUGGUGAAAAAAAGGGAAAAAUACUUGCUUGAAACGGAUUUUAAUGCAUCAAAUUCUCAGAUAAAAACAUUUUAUUUAAGGAUUAUGCUCGUCAGAUUUUUGGGAGCCAUAGCCGAUUCGCGAUAUAUUGGACAACGCGAUAUAACGGACCGUGAUAUAUUGGAGUUGCAGUGUAUAUUGUUUUGCACAUGUCGGUCCGUCCACCGAAUGGUUUCCAGAUGAUAACUCAAGAACGCUUACGCCUAGGAUCAUGAAAAUUCAUAGGUACAUUGAUCAUGACUCGCAGAUGACCCCUAUUGAUUUUCAGGUCACUAGGUCAAAAAUCAAGGUCACGGUGACUCGAAAUGCAGGGGUGUCAAUUUUCCGGAUUAAUCCGGAAAUCCGGAUUUGAGCCGUCAAGGGUUGAUUUUUUUUUAUGAAUGUUUAUCCGAUGAGUUUGUUUAAGGGUGGUGGCUGUAGGGACAAUUCCUUUUAGUGCGGGAUCAUUUGAAAACAAAAUUAAUAUAGCCUUGUCGACAUUGCGGAAAAUUGCGCUUGGAACCGAUUUUGCUUUGUCUUUUAUUUAUUGCUUUCUGAUUGGUAAACAGCUGGCACUGACAUGAGCAGUAAGUGACGAAACCUCUUCGCUACUUUGCGAAAACUGUACAAUUCUAGGAACUUUGCAAAUGUCAGCCGUCUCGAAAUUUUUAAUUACGUAUCUAUAAGAAAAGUAAAGAACUGCAAUAUCACAUUUUAAAACAAUAUGUUAACCAAAUUAUAUAUUGACUGCAUUUUGCUAGGUUACUGGUUACUGGUUUUCAUUUUCUGCUGUCAAACUAUAUGCAUAUUUUAUUUCAUGUGCAAAUGAUGUAUUGCGACAUGUUUUUGGACAGUCGUUUUCAGAUACGGAAUGGUUGGUUGAUUUUAAUUUAUUUUUGACGUUCUUUAUAACAUUUGUAUAGAAUGACGAAUACACAUGCGGUGUUACGGAUGGUUUGGUUGAUAAUAUUUCGCAUUGUACUCACCAGAAAUUGCACCUUGAAAGACUAUAAAAAAGUGCAAUAAGCUAGGGCUUGGGGGGUUCAGCCCUCUAUUUCCCUUAUCCUACGGCCUCAGACUCUCGGCUUAAUUUUCCGGAUUUCAAAUUUGGGACAAUUGACACCCCUGAUAAUGGUUUCUGGAGAAUAACUUAAGAACGCUUACGCCUAGGAUCAUGAAACUUCAUAGGUACAUUGAUCAUGACUCGCAGAUGACCCCUAUUGAUUUUCAGGUCACUAGGUUAAAGGUCAAGGUCAUGAAGACUCGACACAGUAAAAUGGUUUCCGGAUAACAACUCAAGAAAGCUUAUGCCUAGGAUCAUGAAACUUCAUAGGUACAUUGAUCAUGAAUGGCAGAUGACCCCUAUUGAUUUUCAGGUCACUAGGUCAAAGGUCAAGGUCACAGUGACAAAAAACGUAUUCACACAAUGGCUGCCUCGACAACUGACAGCCCAUAUGGGGGCAUGCAUGUUUUACAAACAGCCCUUGCUGUUUAAGGGGUUGCUAAUGCUUGUAACAAUUUUGUUUCAACCAUAGUUAUGUUAUUUGAAAAAUACAAAAUUCUCAUUGUUUCUAAAUUCACUCUUCAAGGGUUUUACUGUAUUUGUCAGUCAUUCACUUGUUGCUUUGUACAACAAUGUUCAUGUAUUGAUUAAUUUUAAUUGCCUGAAACAUUGUUCAUAAGCAUUGUUAGUUCCUUUAGAUGAUGAGUUAUGUUAAUGCAAUACGGUUAUUUAGUGUUCAUAAUUUGAGUCGCGUUCUGAGAAAACUGGGCAUAAUGCAUGUGCGUAAAGUGUCGUCCCAGAUUAGCCUGUGCAGUCUCCGCUUUUAUGGUAUUUUUCAUUUAAAGGAAGUCUCUUCUACACGAAAAUCCAGUUAAGGUGGAAAGUGUCGUACAUGAUUAACCUGUGCCGACUUUACAGGCUAAUCUGGGAUUACACUACGCACAUGCAUUAAGUCCUGUUUUCUCAGAAAACGACUCAUUUGAUAGAGCCUUGCUAUCAGCAACAUUGGCUUGAUCCAUGUGCAUGUUUCUCAGGAGAUUAGCCUGUGCAGUCUGCUAUAGGCUAAUAAGGAAUGACACUGUUCGCUUUUAUGGAAUUUGUUUGUUUAAAGGAUGUCUUUUCUUAACAAAAAUGUAGUGUACGCGACAAGUGUCAUCCCUGAGUAGCCUGUUCAGACUGCACAGGUUUAAGCUAAGUUUUUCCUAAAUAAGGAUUAUAUAGUGAUUAGGUGUUCAUUACUAUAUAAUCUAAUAGCAGAUUUUGUGAAAAAGUAUCAAACAAGCUGAUUCCUUUCACCCUUAUGAUGGGUUUUGUUUUCAACACCCAAUUCUGUUCCUUGGUUCAGUUCCAUAAAAACCUUGAGUCUGGCUCUGGUAAAAUGGGAUUUACCAGUAAUACAUGUUCGUUGUGUUUUCCCAUAUAGGCCAUAUUUGUAUAAGCUCACCUGAGCACUUUGUGCUCAUAGUGAGCUUUUGUGAUCGCCUUUAGUCCUUUGUGCGUUGUGGUGCUUCAACAUUUGCCUUGUUAACACUCUAGAGGCCACAUUUAUUGUCCAAUCUUCAUGAAAUUAGGCCAGAAGAUUUGUGCCAAUGGUAUCUUGGACGAGGUAAAAAAUGGUUCUGGUUGGUUGAAACACAUGGCUGCCAGUGGGUGGGGCAUUUUUCCUUAUAUGGUUAUAGUAAAACCUUUUGAAACAGUAGUGGCCAUAUUUAUUCUGCAAUCAUCAUAAAACUUGGUAAGAAGAUUUGUCCAAAUUGUAUCUUGGACAGGUUUAAAAAUGGUUUAGGUGUGUUGAAAAACAUGGCCACCAGGGGGCAUGGCACGGAAUGGCGAGGCAUUUUUAGCUCAUCUAAUUUUGGAAAAAAAAAAAAAAAAAAAUUUAUUGCUGUAGUAAAACCUUGUUAAAACUUGAGAGGCCACAUUUAUUGUCCUAACUUCACGAAACUUGGUCUGAAAAUGGUUCCAGUUGGUUGAAAAACAUGGCCGCCAGAGUUUGAUGCAUUUUUCCUUGCAUGGCUAUAGUAAAAAACUGUUAAUCAAAAAGUCACAUAUAUUGUCCAAUCAUUAUGAAACUUUGUCAGAACAUUUUUUUCUAAUGAUAUCUUGGAUCAGUUAGAAAAUGCUUCUGUUCUGUUGAAAAACAUGGCCACCAGGGGGCGGGGCAUUUUUCCUUAUAUGGCUUUAGUAAAACCUUGUUAACACUCUAGAGGCCACAUUAAUUCUUUGAUCGUCAUGAAACUUUGCAGACGAUUUGUCCCAAUCAUAUCUGAUUUGUUGAAAAACAUGGCCGCCUGGGGAGGGCAUUUUUCCUUUAAUGGCUAUUGUAAAAAAUAAAUUAACACUCUAAAAGUCACAUUUAUUGUCCAAUCUUCAUGAAACUUGGUCAAAACAUUUUUUAAUGAUAUCUUGGGUGAGUUUGAAAAUGGUUCCAGUUGGUUGAAACACAUGGUCGCCAGGAUGCUGGCAUUUUUCCUUAUAUGGCUAAAGUAAAAUCUUGUUAGCACUCUAAAAGUUACAUUUAAAGUUCAAUUCAUAAAACUUGGUCAGAACAUGUUUUCUUAUGAUACAGAAAACACAGAACAGGUCAUUUCCUUUGAAUUUCAGGUGAGCGACUUUGGGCUAUUCGGGCCCUCUUGUUUUUUGUUGCUCAUGUUUUACUCUUCCAUUUAGAACUUUUGAUGUAUUUUGUUUGAAACAGUUUCAUUUUAUAAUGGCCGUUAAUUGAUUUGCAUUUAAAUCCUUGAUAUGUUAAUUAUGUGAAUGCAGCUGUUAACAAGAAGUAUAAGAAGAAUGUACAUCUUUCAGAACUGGGAAGGUUCAUUGUAUAUCUAGAUACCAUUAUACUCAUCAAGCAUGCAUACAGUCUAAAAUAGGUAGCAUCACAGCAAGAACCUUUUAUAAAUUAAAACCAGUUUGAAAUUGAUGUUUUACGUCCUGCUUAUUAGAUAAGUGUAAAAGAAACUUUAUUUUAUAUUUAUGUUGUUAGCCCAAUCAUCAUGUGAUAUAUCUUGCCUACAAUAUCCGGAGACUGAUCUUUCUGCAUUUAUUUAUUAGCUGGGCCAAUGUGAAAAUGGGUCUUAUGUCACAUGCAGCCAGCGUAGCUCCACAACAGCCUGUGCAUUUGCUAGAUUCAUGCUGCCAACUUUGCAUUUAUUUACUGUAUUUAUUGUCCCCUAACGGUUUCACCGGAGGGGACUUAUGGUUUGCGCUCUGUGUGUCAGUCACACUUUUCUGGAUCCUGCGAUAACUUUAAAAGUUCUUAAUAUUUUUUCAUGAAACUUGCAACAUGGAUAGAUCGCAAUAUGGACAUUAUGCACGUCAUUUCAUUUUGUUCCUACUUUAAAAAUUGAGGUUGCUAUGACAACCAAAAAAAAAUUCUAAAAAUGGUGGAAUUUCUGACAAUGGUGGAGCCGGUAGGGGACCAUAUUGCUUGACAAUAGCCUUGUUUUUCAUUUCAUCACAUUAAGUUGGUUCUGAUUUACCAAGCCUUUCUUCACUUAUCCUUUCUGAUCAAGACUGUAAAGGCAACAUUUGUUUCUUGUUAUUUCGGCUGAGUACCUAUAGCAGUCCGAUAGGAAAUGAUGAAUUGUUUGCAACCUAACAUUAAUUGGGAAUGUUAUCAACCAUUCAGAAUGAAAUCAAUCAGUUUUAAAAGAUACAACUAUAUCAGGUGGAAAAAUGAAUGUCACACUUUGAACACAACUUAUACACACACCCUGUAUUCUCUCAGGUCCACCAUUCUGGCGGUAUUGCAUUUAUGCCACCUGGCUUUUGUUUACAAACAAACAUGUGCGACCAACUGCAAGAAAUAUCUGGCUGCAAAUAUAAUCGAUUCUUGGUUCUUUUAUGUCCAAAAAUGAUGCAGAACAUAAUUUUAAGCUGAAAUCUAGUAGAAAUCCAAAAUUAAUUUAAUUUAAAUGAAAUUUCCCAUUCAUCUUCACUUUUUAGCUCACCUGAGCUAGUUACUCGCAGGCUGUUCUGGUUUUAUGCUUACACAUAGCCAUUUUCACUUUGCUGCUGAGUGGGAAAGGGUUAACUGGCUCCUGGCUGUAAAAUGUCAAUAAUGUGUUCACAAAAGAUAUCAGUAUUUGGGCAGUGCUCUGUGGAAAGGGGGUUUGAUGCGUGUGCGUAAAGUGUUGUCACAGAUUAGCCUGUGCUGUCUGCACAGGCUAAUCAGGGACGAAACUUUCCGCCUUAACUUGAAUUUGGCUAAGAAGAGACUAUCUUUAAACAAAAAUUACAAUAAAGCGAAAAGUGUUGUCCCUGAUUAGACUGUUCGCACUGGACAGGCUCAUCUGGGACGACAUGUUACGCACACGCAUUAAACCCCCUUUUCACAAAGCACGGCCUAUAUCUGUGUUUAUAAUGAUAUUUAUAACUUAUUUCACCAUGUGUUCCAUGCAGAAUGUAUGUGCAUUUUAUCUUACAUUUGUUCAUCACAAUUGUGUUCAUGUUUUGAUGUUCAAUAUUUUCUCUGUUAAGCCUUUACUGUAUUGUAUUUUAUGUUACUUAUACAUUUAUUAAAAGUUGAAAAUCUUUUGUAUAACAAAUACCACAUUUUACUUUCAGAAUACUAGUAUAUGUUUUUACCUCUGGCAAAAUAUUCUCAUUGAUGCUGUAUUUUUGUUGGCUUUUGCAUUUUUGGUCGAUCCAAUUCUUGAAACAUAAAGGUAUGACAGUUAUAUAUAUAUUCAUGUAUUGAACAAGUCAAAAUAAUUAUAUGUAAUCUACCGAUUAAUAUUGAUGUAUAUGAUUAAUAUUGAUGUAUAUCGAUCUCAUAUUUAUAGGAUUAGUAUUAAACUUCUUCAGAAAAAAAGUUUCGCAUACAUCGGAAACCUAUUUUUAUGGAAGUCCCUGCCUACAUUAAUUGUGCAAAAUUUGAAAGAGAGAUGGGGGGGGGGCUUGAUUGUUUUUCCACUUUUGUCUAUGCUUUCUAAUAAAACCGUGCUUAAUCAAAAUCUAUAUAAUCUAGAAACAUGUUACUGAUGCUUUUGGGGUAUUCACAUUCACUUGCCAGUAAACCUUACAGUAUCGGCUUUUACACAUAGCAAUUUCUUAAAAAGAUUGUUGUGGUUUACACAUAAUUUAAUGUGUUAUAAUGAGGUGUGUGUAAUAAAUCAGUCCAAAUUUGAACAUGUUCCCAUUGUUAGUUAUAAGUGACUAUCAGAUUUGCAUGAUGUUCUAUGAAUUCUGGAACUUAAAACAUAUUGUAUUAUCCUUCAGUAAAUAUGUUUUAUAAUAAACUAAAAAGUAACUUGAUAA